GGAGAUAAUUCAAGACAAAAAGUGGACGAACCCAGUAAAAAUAGUUUGUCAGAAGCUAGUACUACUGUAGACGUGUUCUACCUUGAUAUCCUGCACUAUUUACGACUGCGGCUCCUAGUUGUCGUGAAGCAUGUCUUCUGCAUCUGCCGGUGCCAGUCCUUCUGCCAAAAGAAAACGACAUGAGACGUACUCCUACACCAAGCUUGCCGACUUGAAGGAUGGUGAUAGCAAAAAGAACUUCUAUGGAGUGGUCAAGUGCUUCUUUCCGUCGAAGAAAACUCUGGGUACAGAUUGGUCUGUUCACUUCAUCGUAGUUGAUCCCUCUGCUAGUGACGAGGACAACUCUGGUCUGAAAGUGGUAUGGUUUGGAAGGGAUCAGGCCAGCUUGCCCGUGUUCAAAGCCGUCGGUGAUAUAGUACGCUGUCACCGGGUGAAUAUCUCUACAUACAAAGGACGGCUACAAUGCUGCUCUAAGCAUUAUAUAAACAGCGCUAUUGUAUGCUUCAGCGGUGAAGAAGAUGCCAGUAUGGAGCCAACAUGGUUUGCUAAGUCUGAUCCUGUCGUAACAGACAAGGACAAAGAAACCCUUGCAGAGUUACGAGGCUGGGCUCUCAUGAACGAAGAUAUCCAGCAGGAGUUAUCGGGAACACAAUGCCUAACCCUGUCGUCAGUGAUGGCCACUGAUGUUUCUUUCUGCCUGGACUGUCAGGUUGCUGAAGUGCACUCGCGUUCGUCACGGCAGGAAUCUAGGGCUGUCUUACGCGUUUGGGACGGCACAAUGCCAGCCAGGGAGGCAGUCAGACUCUUUGAAUCAACAAGUGCAGCAAGGAACAGCGCAGGAAAGCUAAUACCGCAUGACCUCACGGUGGACGUGGCCCUGUCUGACUCAAAUGCUAGGGCCAUCGACACCCUGAAGGCUGGUGAUAUUGUUCGCCUGCCCAAGCUGACGGCGCAGCCGGCAACUGCAGACCUGGCCAACACCACCGUCAAACUCAGCAUGCAGACCUCGUACAGUCCGACCAACGAGCACAGUUUCCAGGUCUUGAGCGCCAAGCAGUGCUCUGAGCUUGUACAGCGCCUCGACAAGUGUGUCACUCAGCAAAGCCUGCUGCGUGUUCGCUCGAUGGAGUCAUCCAAAACAAUCGCUGGCAAUCCAUGGCUCGACUUCACCAAGAUUUCCUCGAUCCAGCAAGCGCAGGCACCCGCAAAGUUCCGAGUGCGCUGUACGGUGGCUGAUUACCUUCCUCCGAAUAUUGUAGACAUGGUUGUCUUGGAGUGUGCAGACUGCCGGUGUCACUUUUCCUGUCCACCGCCACCACCACUACCGCCUCGUACCAGUAGAGGUUCAAGCACAGCAGACGUUGUUGACACUACUCCGGUGGCUGUUGAUUCAAGUGCUUCACCCACGUGUGGCAGUCAUGGUAGUAGAAGCAUCUCUGCACCGGCAGGCACGGGCAGUGAUAGUCCAGUAGCAGCAAGCGGCGACUCGUCGGCGUCCACUGAACGCAUGAUGUCUAGCGGACUGCUCAGCCAUUGUGGACUAUGGUUGGACGCCAAGCGCAAGCAGUAUUACUGCCCUCACUGCUCACCCAGGAGUGAAGACAACGUUGCCCUUCGUUUCAUCUUCAAGUUCGCUCUGUUGCUAAGGGAUGCCAGCGGUUUGUUAGUGGCCAGGUGCAUGGGGCCGGAUGCGGAGUACUUCUUCAACCUGCAGCCCUGCGAUUUGCACCUGUCCACGGCCACGCGGGAAACUAUUGAGAGUUGCAUGCGCGCAUUGGUGGGAGAUGAAGACAAGAAUGCGGCGGAGGCCGGUAGGAGCUGCCACCACGCAUUGGUGGAAUGCUGUCUCAAGUCGUACCACGCCCUCCAAGCUGAGGAUUUGGCCAAGAUGACCCGCGCCGUGUCAUAUCGUAUAACGGAGACAUCCUACGAAGAAGAUCAAGCAGCUAGGUAGGUUGCUCUGAGUCAGAGAGAAGUCAAACUUCCCAUGUAGAGCCAUUGAUGUAAGGUGUCACUGCACUUGAGAAAUAUCCGUUUGGCAGUGCCAUGGUAUUAGUUUGUUAUCGGGCCAAAGUGCUCAUAUGUGUGCAGAUCCGUGUUUAUCCGAGAUAUAAUCGUGCUGAUUUUACUGCAGCUAGUUCCAGAGCCUGUGUUAUUUUACAUGUCAUCACUGUUGUUUGUUAAUAGGUGAUGUGUGGUUUUUAUGCUUUUUUUGUUUGUUUGCUUUGCAUGCUUGCUUUAGUUGACCUUUAGUUGACCUUGAGUUUGUCUCGUUUUUUAGGGUUUAGGGUUCAUUGCCGCUCACGGAGUACAUGAGGGUGUAUACAUCAUAAUUAUAACACACUGCUUCACUUCUCCUGUAUUCAAGAUAAUACUCCUCAUAUCUUAGUAAUCUUUUGCAAGUUCAGACCUACUCUAUGGUAGUAUGGAACACUUCUACCACACGUUUUUAAUGAAAAUAGCGAGUCAUUCUUUCAAGUAAGAAACUGCUGAGAAGGAAAGUAUCUGAUGAAUGUUUGUAA